UCGGCAGGCUAGGGGGCUGCGGGGCUGAGCCCCGCUGAGCCCUCCGGGCCAGCCAUGGGCGACCGCGAGCGCAACAAGAAGCGGCUGCUGGAGCUGCUGCAGGCGGCGGGCACCGGCAACGCGCACUGCGCCGACUGCGGGGCGGCGGAUCCCGACUGGGCCUCCUACAAGCUGGGCAUUUUCAUCUGUCUGAACUGCUCUGGUGUCCACCGCAACUUCCCAGACAUCAGCAAAAUUAAAUCCGUGAGACUUGACUUCUGGGAUGACAGUACUGUGGAGUUUAUGACCCACAACGGGAACCUCCGUGUGAAGGCCAAGUACGAAGCCAGAGUCCCUGCUUUCUACUAUGUCCCGCAGGCCAACGACUGCCUGGUGUUAAAGGAACAGUGGAUUCGAGCUAAGUAUGAAAGACAGGAAUUUAUGGCCGAUGGGAAAACCACCUCACCCCCAGGAAACCGGGAAGGGUUCCUGUGGAAGCGGGGAAGGGACAAUGCACAGUUCCUGAGAAGGAAGUUUGUCCUCCUAGCAAAAGAAGGCCUCCUGAAGUACUACACUAAAGAGGAGGGUAAAGGCCCCAAAGCUGUCAUCAACAUCAAGGACUUGAACGCCACCUUUGAGACAGAGAAGAUAGGGAACCCCCAUGGACUACAGAUCACCUACAGGAGAGAGGGCCACGUCAGGAACCUCUUCGUGUACCAUGAGAGUGGGAAGGAGAUAGUGGACUGGUUCAAUGCCCUGCGUGCAGCCCGUCUGCAAUACCUAAAAACGGCCUUUCCUGAGCUCCCUGAGUCUGAGCUCGUGCCCCUCAUCACAAGGAAGUACCUCAAACAAGGCUUCAUGGAAAAGACGGGUCCAAAGCAGAAAGAACCUUUCAAGAAAAGGUGGUUUGUCUUGGAUCCCCAGGAGCGGAGGCUGCUCUAUUACAAGAACCCACUGGAUGCCUUUGAACAGGGCCAGGUUUUUCUUGGGAGCAACGAGCAGGGGUACGGAGUAUAUCAAGACCUGCCCAAGGGCAUCCGAGGGAACCGCUGGAAAGCUGGCCUCACCAUCGUCACCCCCGAGCGGAGGUUCCUCUUCACCUGCCCCAGCGAGAAGGAGCAGAGGGAAUGGCUGGAGAGUUUUCAGGAUGUCCUCUCCUGCCCCUUGACGCCCCUCAACCUUCUCAGUAAGACGUGCAGCCUGGGCUUUGUUCUUUCGGCCAAGGGCAGAGGGCAGAAUGGAGCCUCACAGGGUUCAGCUGUGAGCCCUGAAACUGAGCUCUGGGCUCCUGACUGUGCUUCUAACAUUUUCUUCUCUUCCUGCCAAAGAAGAAUACAGAUGGUGCUCGUUGUUGCCAGGAAGCCCUCUUGGUCCAUGCACAGCUCUUCUGUGGAGAGCUCCGCCCUGUUAGCUACCCGCCCCCACCAGUCCCUCUCCACCUGAGAAACCCUGGUCUGUUAUUAUUAGCUAUGGUCACACCCACUGGGCAACUCCUGGGGUCUUGGGCUCCUCUCCCCUCACAGAGGAAAGGCUAUUUUGGGUGCCCUUCUUUUCUCUGCAUCCUCCCUUCUGUGGCUGCUCUCCUGCUCCUCCCCUUCCCCCCAGAUGUGUGACAAGUAGGCUUCUGUCUGCUGACAGCCACGCGAAAAAUGAGAAGACGUUCUGAGCGGGAGCAGGAAACUCCUGGCCGGGGGCCUGGUUUGUGGGCACCAGGAACAAGUUCUGUGUUUGAAAAAGGACAGACCCGAGGAGGAGACCCCACAGCGCCCCCUUAGGAGAAACUCUUGCCUCCUUUGAGUCAGAUCAGCAUAAACAUACCUGCUUUUCCCUUUCUAAAAUCUGAAAGCCUAGAGCUUGAGAAACAGACUUGAAAGUUGUUAGUAAAGCCCAUCUGCUGGCGCUUCCUUGUCCCUGCCGGGGGGGUCUGCGUGUCUGACUCUGUUUCCAUGUCUCUCUCUCUCUCUCUCUCUCUCUCUCUCUGCACUGGCGUGUGUCUCUCGCCACCCUCGGUUGUUUUUUUAAUUCUGGUUCUCUGUCACUGUGCCCCUGUCCCCUUGCUGUCCCUUCUCUCCAGCAGGACUACACUGGCACGGUUAUCAUCUGAGCUCUCUUCUUGCUCCCC